CGUCACUAACACACAAUUGUGUUCACAACUCGGUCCCACGAGUGAUUUCUCAGUAUUCCAACAACUUGUAUGGUGAUAAUAACAGGACGGAAAGCAAUCCGUGGACGCAGUAGCGGAAAGGAUUUCGGAUUUAGAUGAUGUUAGAUUUAGAUUUCUGAAUACAUUAUCACUCCCCUGAGAAGUGUUCGACCCCAAAGGAUAUAGCAGAGGAAGAAUGCUCAACCUGUGCUGCACUCUCAUUUGCUGGCUAGUUUGGGCCAGUUACGGUGAAGGUUGCUAUGGCAAUUGGUCAAAUGUCAUCUUGGAAGUCCCUAAAGAUGUAAAAGUGGAGUUAUAUUGUCUUGUGCAGUCCAAACACUGUUUAAAGCACGCGCCCAUUGCCAGGGGCAGCUGGACGCUCAGUAGUAAUAAUACUAUUGUGGCCAAAUUGGAUUCCAUGGGAAAUGAAUCUGUUGUCUUACCUGGUUAUCAGCUGGUAGAAAAGUUUACACUGAUUGUGACCAAAACUCGGCCUGGAAAAUGGGUCUAUACGUGUCAAGCAUACAACAAAACAGAUGGGAGAUUUCCGGUUCACCAGAUUUCCCUAAAUGUCAAAGAUUCAUCUCCGCAAGUCGUGAAUGUUUCGCCUGGUAAUGUCGUCACACUGAGUUGUCCCGUUGAUGAAGGGUCAAAAGUCACGUGGUACAAGUUGACAACCAGUAGUGUGAAGAUUAAGGAGGCUUCAGGAGUACAGCUGACCAUCCUGGUGGUUAGCCAACUUGACAAUUACAUUUGUGAGGUGAAAAGAAAACAAGGAGGGAGGGUACACACACAGCGCCAUUAUUUCUCCCUGAGUGUCACUUCAGCCAACACCAAGGACUGGAUUUUCCCUACAUGUACAUUUCUCGCCAUCGUCUUAAUCCUAGGGCUUGUCAUAGCCGUUGUUAUCUGGUGGAAGCGAAAUAAGAGGGGAGACAACGAAACGAAGGAUGGGAAGACAGAAGGCCAAGGACCGGAUGUAGUGCCGUUAACUGAGGGUGAAGUAAAACUGAACGGUUUGGGUCCCGUGUGAUACCUGCGAUCAUAUCUGUAUAUAUGUACAGUCUUCUGAUGUAACAAUUUGUUUCGCUAAUUUGAUUUGAUAUGACGCUUAUGUGUACAGAAGGUAGCUGGAUUCGAACAUUAUCUCAGUUGUCAAGAUGGUGUAAUCUGCAUGGUCGAUCUCUAGGAACUCGGUGUCUAGAGUUCACGCUGCGUGCGCAAGCUCGGUUAGGUAGAACGCUGCGUGCACAAUGAUCUCUUUGUACAGUGUGAAAUUAAAUUAGUUCUCUCAUGAACCUGUUGUUUGAUGGUUGUCUGUGCAUACAUGUAGAUUAGUGCUCUCAUGAACCUGUUGUUUGAUUAUUGUCUGUGCAUACAUGUAGAUUAGUGCUCUCAUGAACCUGUUGUUUGAUGGUUGUCUGUGCAUACAUGUAGAUUAGUGCUCUCAUGAACCUGUUGUUUGAUGAUUGUCUGUGCAUACAUGUAGAUUAGUUCUCUCCUGAACCUGUUGUUUGAUGAUUGUCUGUGCAUACAUGUAGAUUAGUGCUCUCAUGAACUUGUUGUUUGAUGAUUGUCUGUGCAUACAUGAAGAUUAGUGCUCUCAUGAACCUGUUGUUUGAUGGUUGUCUGUGCAUACAUGUAGAUUAGUGCUCUCAUGAACCUGUUGUUUGAUGAUUGUCUGUGCAUACAUGUAGAUUAGUGCUCUCAUGAACCUGUUGUUUGAUGAUUGUCUGUGCAUACAUGUAGAUUAGUGCUCUCAUGAACCUGUUGUUUGAUGGUUGUUUGGUAUACAUGUAAAUU